GUUCUGGAUAGUCGCACAUCGCCAAAUGACGGGAACACUCACCGGAACACUCUCAAUACGGGAGACACGACCUCCGUCGAAUGAGGAGAAGGCUCAAUCUCCAACCCCAGCUACGAGCGUGGCAGAAGAUGUCUAUCCAAGAUGGCGGCCGCCGUUGGUGGUGGUUGGGGGAUUCCUCACGUACUUCUGCACCUAUGGUUUCAUGAAUGCAUGGGGAACGUUUCAAUUCUAUUACCAUGAGGUACUCCUGGCAGGCAUGUCAAACAGUAAAAUUGCUUGGAUUGGUGCCCUACAGCUCUUCAUUCUGUCGAUCAGCGGACUGGUAGUUGGGCCCCUGUACGAUACUUGGGGGGCCACGCGCAUUUUUGCCCCUGGUGCUGUCCUAUACGUUUUAGCUAUCAUGUUCGCCAGCGUAUCGUCCCAGUAUUACCAGCUAAUUCUGGCACAAGGGAUACUGUUGGGUCUCGGAACAGCCAUGCUAUUCUUUCCCACCAUCACCGCCGUCUCUCAGUGGUAUGGCCACUCGCGCGGAUUUGCUCUGGGGAUCGUCGUGUCGGGAUCCUCCCUGGGCGGCAUUUGCUGGCCGCUGAUGCUUGAGCGACUGAUCAGGCAGAUUGGAUUUCCCUGGGCCAUGCGGACGGCUGGUUUUCUUUGCCUCGCUUUGCUGGCACCCAGUGCCUUCCUGGUUGUUUCCCGGCCCCGAAUCGUGAGGGAACGGAUGGAUGACCAGGACCGUCGUCCUCCGAACGUGAUCCACAGUCUUUUUAAGGAUCUCCUGUACAUUGCGUUAGUCAUUGGCAUGUUCUUAGUUCAGUGGGGCAUGUUCAUCCCAUUCUUCUAUCUACCCACGUACGGCAGCUCGAACGGAAUGGAUGCGGAUGAGGCGAAUAAUCUUGUCUCUUACCUGAACGCCGGUUCUUUCGUGGGACGCAUCGCUUCUGGUUACGUGGCCGACCUUUGUGGACGGCUUAACGUCACCUUCGGCUGUUCCGCCGUCUGCGCCGUGCUGGUCUUCUGUCUGCAUGCCAUCACUGGGAAGGGCUCGAUAAUUGCAUUUUCAGUACUUUACGGAAUCUUUUCUGGGGGACUUAUUUCCCUUCAGGCCGCAUGCGUGUCACAGAUCACGGCCGACACGCGGAUCCUUGGUCUCCGGAUCGGCGCUAUGAUGGCUGCUUGUUCAUUUGCUGGGCUGACUGGAAGCCCUAUCGCGGGCGCUCUUAUCUCGCACGAUCAUGGAGCUUACGGGGAUAUGAUCAAUUUUAGCGGAAUCGUCCUUUCAGCAGGUGCCAUUGUCCUGGCCGGGGCGCGCGGUAUGGGUGCCCCAGGGGUCAAAGCUUUCUGAGGAUGGAGAAUUGUUUACUGCUUUCAGUUUCUACAUGUUUCGUGUGGACUAUUGUGCAUGGGGUCAAGUCAGCUCGUAGUGAAUCUGUCCGCACACCAGGUGUGGAUGCGGGACCAAUGGAUAGGUGCGCGUAAUAUGAGUCUGUUCAAGUGGUGGUCUGUCCCUUUGGGACGAUUUGGGUUGAACCAGGUUAGAGAUAAUUGAAG